AUGAAUAUGGUUAACAACAAUAAAAGAAGAAGAUAUCGGUUAACAAAUAACCUAUGUGAUGCUUAUGCAUUUUUAUUAGCUCUUUUAUCAAAAAGUUGUUCAAUUAAAGUGAGUAAACCAAGACAUAAAACAAUGAUAACACAUGAAUUUAUAAAAAUAUCAGAAAUAGUAUUUGGUAAUGGUGAUGGAAUUGAUGUAAGUGCUUUUGUUAAAUUAAGAGAAGAGGAAUUAGUAAAUGAUUUUGUAAAAAAAGGGUUACAAGAACAAAGAGCUAAAAGAAGAAUGCAAGACCAAAGAAGACUUGAAUGUUUUCAUUUAGUUAUUGAUAUUCUUUCAGAAAAAAAUAUCUUUGUUUCAUGUGAAAUUGAAGAAAAUGCAGGUAUUGAUGGAAAAAUAAAUAUUUUUCAAAAUCAACAAUUAGUUUAUUCAAAUGAAUCAAUCAAAAAAUAUGGUCCAUUUGUAACUGAUUAUAUCCAAAAUAAACUUGGAACUAUGAAGACUGUAUUAUUCAAUGUUGGUGAAUUAUAUAGAUUACUCAAUUAA